AUGCCGGACAGCGUGUUGACGGAGAAAACUGAACGUGAGUGCAGCGCGUUUAUUGACGAACGGGGAUACAUCACUUCGCCACUGUCCGCGGAAGAAGAAAACUACCCGAUUGCGUAUUCGAUUGUGGCCUACGAAAAGGCCGGAGAAGUCGAGCGCCUUUUGCGCUCCAUCUAUCGCCCGCAGAAUGUCUACUGCAUCCACGCGGAUAAAAAAUCAGAAAAGUCAUUUUACGAAGCUUUGGAAGGCCUGGCCAGCUGUUUUCCGAAUGUGAUUUUAGCGUCGAAAAGAGAAACCGUCGUUUACGCGCAUUAUUCUAGACUGCAGGCAGAUUUCAACUGCAUGGAAGAUUUACUAAACUUCCCUGUCAACUGGAAAUACCACAUUAAUUUAUGCGGCACGGACUUUCCUCUGAAGACAAACGCAGAGAUCGUCCGCUAUUUGCAGUUCAUCGAGCCAUCUAAUGAAAUUGAAAGCUGGCCGAUGAGCAAGAUGAAGAAAGACCGAAUUGCAUUCGCGCACAAUCUGGUCGACGGGAGAAAACUCUAUAUUUCAAAGAAAAAAGGAGACGCGAAAUCGCCACCUCCGCAUGAAGUUCCAGAGUUCGCAGGCUCCGCGUACAACAUUCUAUCACGUGCCUUCGUUGAUUACGUCAUGACUGACGAGAAAAUACAGGAUUUGAAAGAAUGGUCGAAAGAUGUGUUUUCCCCCGACGAGUUCUUCUGGGCUGCUUUAGGUCGCUUCCCACUGGCUCCCGGCAGCAUUCCACCAACCGGAAUUUUCAACAAGAAUGAGUUUCAAUCCUUGGCGCGGCUGACAAAAUGGCAAACGCACGUAAAAAAUGGCCAGUAUCCGAGAUGCCAUGGAGAGUACAGACACGAUGUUUGCGUCUACGGAGCUGGAGACUUGUCUUGGUUGCUGGAGCAGAAGCAUCUCUUCGCGAAUAAAUUCAGCGCGUGGACGGAUGAAUUAGCUCUUCAGUGCUUGGAAAAGAUUCUUCGUGAAAGGGAAAUCAAAAACAGCCAAGAUGUUUGA